AUGAUGGCCUUUGUUCUAAACAACAGCUUAAGGCGACUUCAUCGAGUCGGACGUGCCUUCUCUAGUGCCAGCGUUGAGCGACUGCGCAUCCUCGAAGUUGGCCCACGAGAUGGCCUGCAAAAUGUGAAAGCCCAGAUCCCGACCGAUGUCAAGAUCGAACUAAUCCAGCGGCUUGCUGUCGCGGGGCUUCGAAACAUCGAAGCAACGUCGUUUGUUCCGCCCAAAUGGAUCCCUCAGCUGGCUGACAACCGGAAGGUGAUGGAUGUUGUGGGACCGUGGGCGCAGAAACGGGACGUGGAGCUACCAGUUUUGGUACCGAAUAUGCGUGGCUUGGACAAUGCCAUAGAGGCAGGGGCUUCGAGUAUAGAGGUGUUUGCAUCGGCGACGGAAGGCUUCAGCAAAGCGAACCAGAAUACCUCUGUCGAGCAGGCCCUAGACAUCGCAGCUUCCGUAGCCCGCAAGGCGCUGUCGAGCGGACUGGCAGUUCGAGGAGUUACAUCCUGCCUUUUCGCUGAUCCCUACACUGGCGCUACCAAGCCGGAGCAAGUGCUGUACGUCGUCGAGCGGAUGUUGGCAAUGGGUUGCUAUGAGAUCGGGCUAGGAGACACUCUUGGUGUAGGAACAGCCUCACAGACCCGGGCAUUGCUGGAGGUCCUGCUUGAGAGAGUCGAUCCCAGCAAGCUGGCUGGCCAUUUCCACGAUACAUAUGGUCAGGCUUUGGCCAAUGUAGUCGCCGCGUAUGACUUGGGGAUACGAUCAUUUGACGCCAGUGUAGCCGGGCUAGGCGGGUGCCCUUAUGCAAAGGGCGCCCAGGGAAAUUUGGCCACCGAAGAUCUCGUGUACAUGCUCGAAAGCUCUGGUAUCAAGACCGGAAUUGAUCUCGUCGAGUUAUCAAAAGCAGGAGACUGGAUCGCGAGUCGCGUUGGCGUGCCCAACCGCAGCCGCGCUGGAGCCGCUCUGAUGGCAAGAUCUGUUGACAAGACCACCAAGUCUGUGCCCACCAGGACCGAGGAGAUGAGCGGCAGAUCGAAGGUCGUGGAGGUAGCGGAAAGUGAUGCCUCUGACACAGUGUGGAAGGCUGAAGUAUCAACUGGCGAUGUUCUCGUCUACAGAUGCGGAACCGCAGCCAAGAUCGUGCUCAACAGACCCCAGAAGAGCAACUCGAUGACUGGCAACAUGCUGGAGUCCCUUACGAAAUUGUUCAAAGACUUUUCUCAAGAUCCCAGCAUUUUCCACAUCAUUCUUACUGCAAAGGGCCGAUAUUUCUGUACCGGGAUGGACUUUGGUCCCAGUACUGAUAGAACAUCUACUGAAGGCGGCUACUAUUCACUCGUCAAGGGGCUCUUCACCGCGAUAGAAGAAUGCAAGAAAACGACGAUAGCACUGGUGGAUGGACCGGCCUUUGGGGGAGGUGUUGGUCUUACAUUCGCGUGCGAUGUCCGUCUUGUAUCUCGAAGCGCGAAAUGGAGUCUCACUGAAGUGAGAUUGGGGCUUCAGCCAGCGAUCAUAUCGCGCUUCAUGGCUAGGGAGUGGGGAUUCGCAUUCUUCAGAGAAGCCUGCCUCAGUGGUAGAGGGGUCUCACCUGACGAACUUUUUCGCAUUGGCGCGGUUCACUCGGUAUCAGAUGACACAGCAGCUCUGGACGUUGCCGCAGACAAGUAUCUAAGCCAACUUGGCCGCUGUGCACCAGGAGCUGCGGCCAAAUGCAAGGAUCUGAUUCAACUAGCCUGGUCGGAUGCGGGAGGACUGCAGCAGGAGGCUCUCAUCGAGGAGCGUUUCGGGACGAUGAUGAAGCCGGGAUCGGAGGGAGAAUAUGGGAUAGCUCAACUGCUCAAGAAGGAGCCUGCGGACUGGGCCAAGUUCGCAUUAUCUCAAGAGACCUGA